AUGAUUGAUGUCGUCGCACAUUCUGUGAGUUUGGACCAACAUUUGGAUUAUCCUGUUCAUUUUCAACAACAACAAUAUUUUACACCCUCACCUAGUUCUUUCGCUACCACCACGCCAAGUCUUAACCCAGCAACCACCCUAGACUUUAAUUCGGCGUCAUUUGGCGGUUUCGAUUUAACAGGUGAACAAUUUAUUGCUCGACCUUUAUCAGCUUGCGUCAAUUUUUUCGACAUACAAAAUUGGCCCACCAACAUUUUCGCAAUGAAUUUUCCACCUCAACCUUAUCAUCAACAAUCAGCCCAGGGUCUUCCAAACUCAAGUACCUCGUCACGACAUUUUAACGAUAUGACUUCCACCGCAACAUUUCAUCAUCAGUACGUUGAUGAAACCUCGGCUCAACAAGCGGCCAUGUUGCAACCUGAUGUUACAACCCCUUCGUUUGUUGAACCCUCAACAAAUUAUUUUGCGCUCCCCGCUACAACCUCUUCGUCUUUACAUUCCGCGUCUUAUUACUCUCCUCCUUCAUCAUUACCUCCUCAGGCGAAUCCUGUAAUUUCUAAUUUGGAGACCGAAACUAAUAAUCUUCCCGGCUCUCGAAAUACCGGCGGUUACAUUGGAAAUUUUCAAUCUCAAUCGCAUCCUCGCUUGAGGAUGACCACCAAUAAUCCUACCGCUCAAUUGAUCAACGCUGGUCCCGAUUUCACCCCCAGUCAUCAUUACUUACCUCAGAGGGAGAUCUAUCAAGGUGCCGUUCCCACUUCGAUUGGAAGAGUUAACCACCAAGCACACCAUCAAAAAACAAUUUCGGAGAUCGGUGCGAGUAACAAUUACUCGAGACAAUCAAAUGUUACUGCGACCUCUUUGCCCGUCACGGGCACAACUUCUAUCGCUCCUCAAAUCAAUUCCCCAUCAUCAUCAUCGGGGGUUUGGUCAACGAAAACUUCUUCCGCUCAAACAUCUCCAUCACUCGAGACCGUCGCGUCACCAACAACGCCAACAUAUUACAGUGGUCCCCCAAGGAGUUAUUACUCUCGCCUGCCUCUUUACGACAGGCCAUUCAAGUGCGAUCAAUGUCCACAGAGUUUCAAUCGUAAUCACGAUUUGAAACGCCACAAGCGCAUACACCUGGCCGUCAAACCUUACCCAUGCCAGUGUUGCGAUAAACAAUUUUCAAGAAAGGAUGCGCUAAAAAGGCACAUCCUUGUCAAGGGAUGCAAUAACACGAAGAAUAAUAAAAAGACGACUUCUCCAAACACUGGAGAUGAUAAAAAAGUUGAGGAAUCUUCGACAAAACAAAAAUAUACUUCAUCGCCGAUAGAAAGUUACGUAAAUGGUGGAAAUUCUGUGAAGAGUGAAUCGACAAAAGAAGGUGUUUACAAUAAUACUUAUGGAAAUUCGUCGAUAUAA